CACACAUGCAGUGUCCCCUAGAGAUCUUUCAGUACUGAUCUCCUCUGCCUUUUGUGAAACUGACUCGGUACUCUGAACUCUUGGAUCGGGUCUUAUUUUUUUAAAUUCUCGUUUUAUCACCUAGAAGUUGUGACUCCAGCCAUUAGUGCAGUGCAGCCCACUCUUCUUCUCCUUUUCUUUUUCAUGCCCCUGGAUCUUUUUCCUCUUCUGUUUGGAUCCUAAACUUUCUCAGUCUGGUUCUUUCUUGAUUCAGAGAGCUCUCCUUCCCCUCUCUCUUUCCUCGGUCUCCCAUCCCUUUUAGCUGUUCCUUUUUUCUGUCCUUUUUUCUGGCUAUGCACCAUGCUGUCCUCCCCUACUGUAAUCCUUCAGCCCUACGGACUCCCUGUUUACCCCCAGACAGCCUCCUGCUACCCCAGCAUUGUACAGGGUGCCGCUGCCCAAGAGGCGGGGCCAGGCAAUGGUGACCCUUCACUUCCUCAGGUCUAUGCGCAACCUCCUUCAUAUCCUCCACCUGGACAAGGCCCCCCCACACAUACUGCCCGGCUGCCACCCCUCGAUUUCAGCGCUGCUCAUCCAAACUCUGAAUAUUCAGAUCAUCAUCAGUUGAGAGUCUAUCAGGGCCCUCAGCAUGAUGGGACGGAGUCCAUAACAACCAAUAACCCGGAUGAUUCUUUAGCGCCUGUGACAUCUGACCCACAGUCUCUCAGUGUUUCUGUAGCGUCUGGAAGUGGAACUGAGGAGGAUGAAGCUGGGAAGGCUCAACCCAAAAGGCUCCAUGUUUCCAAUAUCCCCUUUAGGUUUCGGGACCCAGACCUGAGGCAGAUGUUUGGGCAAUUUGGCAAGAUUCUAGACGUGGAGAUCAUCUUUAAUGAGAGAGGAUCAAAGGGUUUUGGAUUUGUGACAUUUGAGAGUGCAGUGGAAGCAGACCGAGCGAGAGAGAAGCUCAACGGAACGAUUGUCGAGGGAAGGAAGAUUGAGGUGAACAACGCCACAGCGAGGGUAGUUACAAAAAAGCCUCAGACACCAUUGGUGAACGCUGCUGGGUGGAAAAUCAAUCCAGUAAUGGGAGCCAUGUACGCCCCUGAACUUUACACAGUCGCCAGCUUUCCUUAUCCUGUUCCCACACCGACCUUGGCCUACAGAGGCUCCACACUCCGUGGACGUGGUCGGGCAGUUUACAAUACAAUCCGCUCAGCUGCAGCCACAGCUGCAGCCACACCAGCUGCAGUACCAACCUAUCCAGGAGUGGUGUAUCAAGAUGGAUUGUAUGGUGCUGAGGUCUAUGGAGGAUAUCCAGCCACAUAUCGAGUAGCCCAGUCCACCUCAGCAGCUGCAGCAGCCACAUACACAUACAGUGAUGGAUAUGGAAGAAUCUAUGCCACAGCAACAGACCCCUACCAACACUCAGUGGGACCUACCACCACUUAUGGAGUUGGAACAGUGGCAAGUUUGUAUCGUGGAGGCUACAACCGCUUUACUCCGUACUGAAUGAAAACAGCUCUGUGACUCACGUCUGCUGAGUGCUGAGGAACCAUUUGAUCUUGAGAUUGUAAAAACUGCAUAUAUUUAUUGGGGGAAAAAGAUGAAUCUAGGCUGAAAAUAUAAUUAAUUAUAUUUAAGGACAUUUAUUUCAUUCUUAAUUUAAGAAAAAAACCCUCCCCAAAAAAGAACUUACUUAACAGACAGUGUCUAGCUGAUCAUGGUGCUGUUAUGUCCAGUACAUACAGAUACUUUCAUAAUAGCAGCGUGAUAUGGAAGUUAUCAUAUAGAAGUUAUCAAAAGAUAUCAUAUAGUUAUCAAGCCUCAAAGGAAGAUGACAGGCCUCACAAAGAGUCCCAAAACACUAAUUUUAUGACAACCUCUGGAUUUGUUGCACUGCUGAAUGAUGAUAAAAAAUAGACAAAGACAGAUACCUCUAGUGGAACUUCCCCUAGACUGAGAAAUAAAAAAAUCUGAACCUGUCUAGUAUGUAUAGGACUGUGUGCAUGUUGGAGUGUCUUUGGAGUGAUCGAGUGUGUGUAAUUUUUCUGCUGUCGCAAGCAAUACUGUGAGAUACAGCAGUGGCACUGGGGUGGGUGAUAUGUUCUCUCUCAAUGUAAUCUACCUCUGAGCUAAACAUCUCUUUAUUCUAAUGCAAACUAUUCAUCAGGUUUCUUAUGAAGCUAUUUCAAAAUCUUCAAAAAACUUCUGGUACUUUCCUCUGAUUUUCUCCUGUCAUUUCCUGUUCAGUAUUUGUGGUCCACUCGUCUUUUUUUUUUCUUUCUGUUUUUCUAUUGUUAUUGCUUCAGUAAUACUACUUCUGUAUUCUCAUUCUGUCUUUAUUCUUAUCUUUUGCCACUUAAACUUCUUUCAUGCUUAUUUUAACCUGUUGUGUGCUUUACCUCCCUUUACUGUUUGCUUCUACUUUCUUAACUGUGCAUUCAAUUCUGCUUAAGAUCAUUUUUUCAAAUGCCAAAUUACUGAAUCAAUAGUGUAUGAACAUUUAUUUUGAAGACUAUUUGAAUGUUUUCUAUAAUCUCUAAAGAACUAUUCUGAGCCAUUUUUUCUUUCUUUUUUCUUCCUUCCUUUGCUUCCUUCCGUUUUUCUGUCUUUUUUCUUUGUUCCUUUCUUUUUUCUUUUUCUUUUUCUUUUUUGCCUGCUUUGCUUGAUUGUUUUCUUCUACUACUAAACUUUCUUCUUUAGUGCCUCUAAAAUUUCCUUUGCACUUUGUAAUUUCCCACGCCCUCAUAAUAAUAUUUCCUGCUUUAUUUGUUUGUUUGUUUUUCUCUCACUGUCUGAUUUUAUCUUGUUUCGAUUUAUCUUUUCCUCUUCCUGUUUUAUCUCUAUUUCAUUCCUUCUCUGGGCUGAUUUUGCUGUGCUUUUACUCAUAUAAAUGAGUGAUCUUGUAAUCUGAUUCUGUAACUCGUCUUUCACUUUGACUCUCUGAAUGUGCCUACAAGGCUUAUUAUUUUUUCUUAUAGCUAAUUUAACUAAUUUUGCCCGUUGGGUGCUUUUCAUUUUCUGUCUGCUUUCUUUUCUCUGUUCUUCCUUUUCUGUAGCCUAUUGAACCUGUUAUGCUUAAGAUUUCCCUACGUUUCUUGUAGUUUUCUAUGUAGAGUUUAUUUAAUUUCUUUUAGUUAUAGUUAAUCAUGUCAUUCUAUUUUUCUCUUUUUCUACCAGACAGUUUAAUCAUUUUAUCUCACAGCUAUUACAGGACCCUAUGAUGUCAUUGCUGUAUCAUGUUUUUUUUCUCUCUCCCUCUCUUUCAACUUACUAAAGUGUAGGCCACUCUGUGGCUGAAUUGUACAUUAAAGCAGUUUAAUUAUG